AUGUCAACAAUCGGCACAACAACAAUUCAAACAACAGCACCAAACUCGUUAGUCAUGAAUCCAACAUCUAUGUUAGUAGAAAUGAAAAGCUUCAUUCCUUCUUCAUAUACUUUUGAAACAGAAAUCCAGAAGAUAAAGCAGGAACUUUUAACAAGUAAUUUAGACUGUAGUGCGAAAGAUGAAACAAAUGAACAGUAUCUUUAUGAAAUGGAGGACCUCAUCGACCAUUUGCCUAAACUACCUGAAAUUCAGCAGCAAAAGCUCACUAUUCCUGAAUUCGACGAAAUUGAAGUCAAAGCAACUGACUCAGUAGAAAUAAAGAAGUUCAU